AUGGCCACGUACGCAGGUCGCGUGCGUUUAACUACCGAUGCCGACAAGCCGCUAUCACUGUGCAUACGUGGCAGGCAUACAGGAAUUUCUGUUGGGAUUGGUCUCAUUAUAGCAUUUGCUAAGUACGAAAAUGUCAGAUCCACGCGUCGUUCUCAAUUGGCUAAGACAGUGGCAGCAUUUGCAAGAAUGACAGUCCAAGAUUCAAGAAAAAUCCUUCCUGCUGAAUUUUAUCCACCUUGGGUUUUAAAUUGGCUUAAUGUUCAACUUGACAAGAUUUGGCCUUAUGUUAAUGAGGCAGCAUCAGAGCUGAUAAGAAGCAGUGUUGAGCCAAUUCUUGAACAAUACACCCCAGCUAUACUAUCAUCUCUCAAGUUUUCCAAGUUGACCCUUGGUACUGUUGCUCCACAAUUUACAGGAGUUUGCAUUAUCGAAGAGGAAAGUGGAGACAAGGGUCUCACCAUGGAAUUGGAGAUGCAGUGGGAUGGUAAUCCAAAUAUUGUUCUUGAUAUUAAUACAAGAGUUGGCGUGGCACUACCCAUACAGGUGAAAAAUAUUGGAUUCACUGGGGUUUUCAGGUUAAUCUUCAAACCACUAGCUGAAGACUUUCCUGGCUUUGGAGCUGUUUCUUAUUCCCUGAGAGAAAAGAAAAAGCUGGAUUUUACGCUUAAAGUUGUCGGUGGUGAAGUGUCAGCAAUCCCAGGCCUUUCAGAUGCUAUUGAGGAAACCAUAAAGGAUGCUAUUGAAGAUUCUAUAACAUGGCCAGUUCGGAAAAUUGUAUCAAUAUUACCUGGGGAUUAUAGUGACCUGGAGUUGAAGCCCGUUGGAACGUUAGACGUGAAGCUUGUGCAGGGCAAGGACCUCACAAAUAAAGACAUUGUCGGAAAAUCUGAUCCAUUUGCUGUCUUAUUUAUACGUCCACUGCGUGACAGAAUGAGAACCAGCAAAACAAUUAACAACCAGUUGAAUCCCAUCUGGAAUGAACACUUCGAGUUCGUAGUUGAAGAUGCAUCAACUCAACACUUGACAGUAAGAGUCUUUGACGAUGAAGGAGUUCAGGCUGCUGAACUCAUUGGUUGUGCUCAAGUGGCACUGAAGGACCUUGUGCCUGGCAAAGUGAAGGAUGUAUGGUUGAAACUAGUCAAAGAUUUAGAGAUACAGAGAGAUAAUAAGUACAGGGGUCAGGUGCACUUGGAGCUUUUGUACUGUCCAUACGGCAUGGAGAGCAGUUUCAAAAAUCCUUUCAACUCUGAUUUUCAGUUGACCACUUUAGAAAAGGCCAUUAAGACCGGUACUGACGGAACAGAUGAUGCUAAUCCUGAAAGAACAUCUCCGAAAAAAACUGUCAUCGUGAGAGGAGUACUAUCAGUUACUGUUCUAGCUGCAGAAGACUUGCCACCAACAGACUUGAAUGGAAAGGCUGACCCCUACGUUGUCCUUAUAAUGAAAAAAUCUGAGAAAAAAGCCAAGACUAGGGUCCUAACUGAGAACCUGAAUCCAGUUUGGAAUCAAACAUUUGAAUUUGUUGUGGAGGAUGCAUUACACGAUAUGUUAAUUGCCGAAGUCUGGGACCAUGACACUUUUGGCAAGGACAAAAUAGGGAGAUGUAUCAUGACACUGACUAGGGUUUUAUUAGAAGGAGAAUUUCAAGACAGUUUUCCCCUAGAUGGUGCUAAAUCAGGAAAGCUGCUUCUGCAUCUCAAGUGGACACCGCAGCUUAAGUUUCGCGAAUCUUGA